AUGAAAGAAGAAACGGACGGUUCGCCAGUAGAAUAUGGCAUCAGCCACGUUCUGUCCCUCGGCUCAACAUCUCGCGAUCUGCAGACGGCAUAUCUCAUCAUCAGCCUGGUGCUGUCUGUGGGGUGCGGCCUGCUGCUCAUCUUCUUGGUUUGGAAGAAAGAGUACCUGCAAAAGCCCAGCAACUUCCUACGGUGUAACCUGGCGGUAGACGACAUCGUCUUCACCGGCUGCCUGAUUCCCGUCCGAAUCUACGCACUUUUCCGACAAGAUGCCAGCGGGGAGCAACUGUGGUGCUCGGCUGAGGUUCUGGUUGGGCCCGCAUGUUUGCUAUCUAUGUUCGGUACAUACGUCAUGAUGGCAGUAGAUCUGUACUUUUUCGUGUGCCAUCCCCUACACUACCAUGACAAAGUCACCACCAAACGUGUGCUCAUGGGUAUCCUGGCGUUCAGGACCUUCUCCCUCUUCGGCGGACUAGCUCCUGUGAUUUUCGGCGGACUGCCCAAAUACAACCUGCGUUGUGAGAUCGAGCCUGCUAACAGUACCUCCUUAUCUGCCAUCUUCAGAAGCACGAACGUACUGUUCGGAAUACUUGUUGCUCUCUCCGUCUUCAUAAUCUACUGCCGUAUCUUCUUGGAGGCCAAGAGACAGCAGGAAAGGGACGAGAAUCGUGACCUGUGGGUGUUCCAGACCAAGGCAUUCAAAGUCAUGGUACCGCAUGCUAUCGUUUUGAUCGCAUCCUUAACCACUACCAUUUUCCGCAUAGCCACGCUAAGAGCUGUCAUCAGUGAGGAACAGAUGUCCCAACGCGCCCUGAUCAUCGCUGCACGUGUGGCCCUCCUCCUGUACCUGACGCUAUCAUCCAUGGCCAACCCCGUCAUCUACAGCCUCCGGCUGCCAGAGUUCCGCCGAGCCUGCAGGGAGCUGUGUGGAUGGCGGACCAACGCUAAUUAUAACCCACCGGCGGUACCGGCACGGCGGCACCGGCAGGACGAAGUGGAGAUGGCCACCGUCACCGGUCCCAGUCGCGGCGCGCCGGUCUCAGAGAUGGCGCCAGCUCAAACCUCUUCAGAGGGAACGAUCAUCCAGCCGAAGGCGGACUUCAUACCUUGCGACCAAGCACGAAAGCAGACCACACAAGCAUCCCUGGACCAGCGCCUCGAACAGAGUAGCUUGGCCGAGAGCGCUUCAGGCCGACCGUUGCGGCUAACAGUGAGGGCAGAGGUACGCGCUGAGCCAACACCGCGUCCCGAAGAGGAGGGCAUGACCGUAACGCUUCCCGGUCAACUACAGACGGAUGCCGAGACAACAGACGUCCCUGAACUAUAUUUGGACACCAAGAUCGACUAG